GUCGUGAAAGACCGGGUUGUAGCCGCGGGAAUGUGUUAAGGAACCAGACCGAGACGAAGAAGGGGGAAUAAUGGAACGGCCCUCGAUGAUCUGUCUCCCAAGCACGCAACUUGCUGCCAGGAGCAUUUCACGCCGAGUCCCCUUCACUCCUCUCUGUUCUAUCCCCCAAUGUGACCUUCUCGAAUAACGACCCCAGAGGUGCAAUCCACACGCUCGGAGUCGAUCCAUUAUGAACCUCGAUGGCCCUUGCUAGAGAGAGCCCUUCCAUUGGACCAUGCAGAUAUUUACCCAGGACAUUACAUCGUAUGCCAGCACCGAGCUCUCAAAGGCCCCCAAACCAUAUCAAAUCUGGCUCCCGACGUGGCCCAUCCUUGCGGCGUUUAAGAUGGUCGACGGCGGACUGGUAAAGCAUCCCCCAACUCUAUUACCCGCCCUCUCAUAUAUGGUAGGGGUUUCGACCAGGCGGCAUGCGGCCAGCUCUCCUCCCAAACUGCCUGGGGCUGCACAGCUGCGACCGGCUCUGGGCUCAUCAAUCUCUCGAUCCCCUGUGGAUAUUUUGGUUGCGUAUGACGGUUCUCAAUGCGUGAUAAAGUCGGGAGGUGUUCCCCCUUCCCUGAACUGCGGACAUUCGAGAAGCAGUCAUCCCCGUCGGUCCCAGAAGUCCCAACUCCCCUUUGCCUUCCGCUGCCUGCGGGCUUGUUUUUCUUUCCUUUUUGUUGUCUCUGUUUUCAUCGGCCGACAGCCUACUCCACUAGCUUCUCCUGGUUCUUCAGCAAACCACCCCUUACGAACCUCGUUCGUCUCACUCUCGAGCUGUCUUGGAGAAGGGCGUUUUGGUCGUGAUUCUUCCCGUCGGCAAGCCACAGUCUCGCAAUACGGCGACGCGACAAUAAAAAGGGAGAGAAGGAGAAAAGGAGAAAAGAAGACGCGGUUUCAACGUCCUAGUAUUGCAUGUCCGGGGGUUGGUCCGACGAGACAACUGCAGCAGCCGCCACCAUGGGCUGGGUCCUCAACGCCACGCCCGAGGUCGAGGCCAUCUCGCAGUGGGAGACCAUCAUCGCCAUCGCCUGCGUCCUCUCCUUCCUGUCCGUCGCCGUCGUCUGUUCUCGUCUCUGGAUCCGCCACACGGCCAGAGGCCUGGCCGCCGACGACUGGAUGUCUGCGCUGUCCAUGGCCUUUGCCCUCAUCUACUCCGGCCUCACCAUCGCCCAAACGAGAUACGGUCUCGGCCUGCCGGUCAAGCUGCGGCCAAGGGCGAACCUCGUCACGUACACCCGCAUCAACUUCGCCGGCCGGCCGUUCUACCAACUCGGCAUCAGCUUCUUCAAGAUCGCCCUCCUCAUCAGCUACCUGCGCCUGCUCAAGGGGACCGACCAGAAAACGUACCGCCGCGUCGUCUGGACCACCAUCGUCCUCGUCUUCCUCGCCCACCUGGCCUGCUCCUUCUCCCUCGUCUUCGCCUGCACGCCCGUCGACAAGUCGUGGAACCCGCUCAAGGACGGCACCUGCCUGCCUCCCGGCCCGUCCUUCACGGUGUACGCCGUCGUCACCAUCGUGUCCGACAUCGUCGUGGCGGUGCUGCCGAUCCCGGUGCUGCUGCGGCUCAAUGUCCGCGUCGAGAAGAAGGCCGGCCUCAUCGCCAUCUUCCUGCUCGGCCUCUUCACCACGCUGUGCUCCAUCCUGCGCUACCUCGAGAUUAACCGCAUCCAGUACGGCGACGGCAACUCGACGAUGCUGGUGCUGUGGGGAACCAUUGAGUUCAACGUGGGGAACAUCGUCUCGUCUCUGCCGUUCUUGGCGCCCGUCUUCAUGAAGAAGGCCAAGAACUACCGCUCCAAGUACUCGGGCGGCUCUUCGCACGGCCGCAGCCACCUCAAGGGCGCCGAGCGCUACAAGCUCAGCGAGAUGAACCACGACAAGAGCGUCUUCGCCUCGGCCAACCACAGCAAGACCGGCAACGGCAGCGAGGAGAACAUCCUGCCGGGGAACAUCAUGAAGUCCGUCACGUACAGCGUCCAGGUCGACGACGGGGCCGAGGCCAAGUCGGGCAAGUCCGACAUGACGGGGCCGCGGAAGAGGGAUUCACGGGAUUCGGGCCUUUGAGAGGCGUACAUCUGCAUCAACGUCACAUGAGUAGCAGAGUUCCUGAAGUCUUGUACAUGAUAAAUGUCUGAGGAAACGAAAGAGGACUUUAGACUUGAUAGAUGAAAGAUAAGGCGUUGGGGGUGUCUCGAAAGCAAUAGCUAGAUUUCACAGCGAUCACUUCCCAUUGCAGAACAUUCGAUCGCUUAAAGACACGGCGGACGAUACCACCGAUCGGGAUCAAAGGAAAGGAUCCGAGAGGAACCCGGUUUCUAGAAGCACUGACUCGUGUGGAUCACUCUCCACUGCGCAAGGGGGCACAAUUACGUGUCAAUAACCAUGAAAAUCACCCCAUACAUCCCACAACACGACGCUGAUCCCCAUUCUCAAGAGGGGGUUCGGUUCGUCUCUAGUUGCGUCUCCCAGUCUUCGUAAAUCAACGAUCAAUCCCGUCUGUCCCUGGCAUCUCACAUAGCCUACUAUACUACUCCUCAUCAAACUGAAGCAUCAUCUCCCGCUUGCUCAGUAAGGGGCUCGCGGGGCCGAUCCUGGGCCAGUCGUGCGCGUCCAAGCAGGCCCGGCGCGAAGCCAGCACGCCGGGCCGGGCGCGUGCGACGACGCGGUCCUCGUAGACGUCCAUGGCGGCCCGCAGCUCCGCGAAGCCCGCGUCCAAAGCGGGCGCCACCGUCUCGGCGAAGUCCUGCACGUCGAUGAUGGCGUGGUUCGCGCCCUCACCUCGGUCUGUUUCACACCGUCAUAGCGUGAAGGGCGUCACCCAUCAACACCGCCCUCCCCUUGGACCUCAGUCCCUUGGGCGGCGCGUAGUCGUAGAGGUCGAGGUGCUUCACAUCCGUACCGGCGGGAAUACCAAGCGCGAGUCCACGAAAUGGCUCCGACCAUCCCUCGGCGAACGACCUGAUGAGCUCGAUCUUGCCGUCGUUCGUCUGCGGGUAGCCUAUCGGCGCUGCCUUGCCCAGGAACCCCGGGCGGUCCGGCCACGAGAUGCACAUCUGGCAGCUGUACUCCCCCGUGCUCUCGUCGUUGUUGCCGGGGGCGUCGAGAACUGCAACGCGCAGAGUUUAUGAUUAGUUUUGUUCUGCUUCGUUUCCCGCUGCAUCCGCAAGCUCGCUUGCAAGGGGGGGAGGAAACCCGACUGGCAUCUGAUACUUUUCCCCCCAAGCGCAGGGGUUGUGUUGUUGAACCAAGGACUAUCCCGGUUCAGAGGCACAAUGAUCGACACCCCCCCCCCCGGUCCUGGCCGGGUAUCGGAAAAGAUUUGGCUGCCACGGGACAAUGACAAACGUAUCAUCGCGAGACGAUGUCCCUUGCAAGAAGAAAGGGUCCAGCUCCUGAAUCGGCGCUAUUUGAUCCGGCGACAGGAGCAACUUGAGGCCGAGCAGCCGGACCGGGAUCCGGUGUCCCUCGUACUGGUCCGGGAACAUCUGCCGCCGGACUCGAGACUGGCUCCCGUCGCAUGCCACGAGCACUCGGCCGGCCACCGACGAGCCGUCGCUGAAUGAGACGACGACUGAAUCCUGCUUCUCCUCGACCUUGGCGAAGCUCUUCUCCCACUGCGUGUUCGAGAUUGCUUAGCACGGCGAUCGACGUCUGGUGCAACAUCUCAAAGAUAAAGAAGAAAAAGAAGAACAUUGGGCGUCAUAUUCAUCGAGUAACAUGCAAAACGACUACGUACGAGUAGGAAACACGAGACAACAUUACCUGAAUGUCCACACCCGUCGCAAGCAACCGCCGCAGCCUCUCCCGCGUCACCCUGAUCCGCAGGCUUUCGGGCGCCCGCGGGCCGGCGCCCUUCAGCUCGCCGGUGCUGAGGUCAAAGAAGGGGAACGCCGAGGCCUCGCCCCGCGCGACGGCGGCGCGGUCGACGUACGCGUCCG